UGGAUGGUCAAUUACUGAUGGUGUGACUGGGUGUGAAUAAACGGUGGGAGCCCUGGUGCUGCAUCCGGGACAUAGGCUCUCUGCUCCAACCCACAGCUAGGCACUCUGUCAGUCGGCCUGGCCCGUAGAUCAAGACAUAAUAGAACCACUCCCAAAUCUUCUAAUUGGACUCCUUCUAUGACCCUUCAUGAUGAUAGGGUUCAGAGGAAACAUGUUCACUUAAAUUGCUUGAGCACACAGACAUGGACCUCCAAAAGUCUCCUAAGGAAACAGUACUUAUUACAGGAGGAGGUGGCUACUUUGGUUUCCGUUUGGGUUGUACACUAUGCAAGAAGGGUAUCGCUGUUAUUCUGUUUGAUGUCAACAAUCCUAUUCAUGAUCUUCCCAAGGGGAUGAAGGUGAUAUGUGGUGAUAUUUGCCAUGUUGCUGAUUUAGAGAAAGCCAUGCAAAACGUUACUUGUGUUUUCCAUAUUGCUUCCUUUGGCAUGUCUGGAAAGGAACAAUUGAAUCAUAUGCGUAUUGAAGAUGUCAAUGUAAAAGGCACAGAAAAUGUACUCCAGGCUUGCAGAAGGAAAGGAGUGCCAAGACUGGUUUAUACUAGUACUUAUAACGUGGUGUUUGGAGGCCAAGUUAUAAUGAAUGGAGACGAGUCUCUCCCUUACCUACCUCUUCACCUUCACCCUGAUCACUACUCCCGUACCAAAUCUGUUGCGGAGAAAAAAGUACUGGAGGCAAAUGACACAGCCUUGGAAGGAGGAGUUGGUGUCUUAAGAACCUGUGUUUUGAGAUCAGCUGGUAUCUAUGGGCCUGGAGAACAAAGGCAUCUUCCCAGGAUAGUGAGAUAUAUAGAAAAGGGCCUCUUCAAAUUUGUGUAUGGGGAUCCCAAGAGCUUGGUAGAUUUUGUCCAUGUGGAUAACUUGAUACAAGCCCACAUCCUGGCCUCAGAGGCAUUGAAAGCUGACAAGAAACACAUUGCCUCUGGGCAGCCUUAUUUUAUCUCUGAUGGAAGACCAGUGAACAAUUUCGAAUUCUUCCGGCCUUUAGUUGAAGGGUUGGGUUAUCCAUUCCCCACCAUACGCCUACCAUUAAGCCUCAUUUAUUUUAUUGCUUUCAUGACAGAGAUGGUUUACUUCCUCUUGGGCAGGUUUUAUAAUUUUCAGCCUUUCCUCACCAGAGCAGAAGUCUAUAAAACUGGGGUCACACACUAUUUCAGCAUGGAAAAGGCUAAGAAGGAACUGGGUUAUGAACCACAGCCAUUUGACUUCAAGGAAGUGGUAGAUUGGUUUAAAGCUGAAGGUCAUGGGAGAAAAUUCCAAAACUAUACCUCGAAGCAUCUUAUUUGGAAUAGCAUGUUGGUUUUCCUCUUAGCUAUUGCAGUUCUGACAUGGUUUUCCAAUGACUAUGGUGAUGUUAUCUUGAAAGAUUUAUUUUGAAAAUCAUUUUGUGGAGAACAAGAAAUUUCCAGAGCUAGUUAUCCACAAGCAGACUCUAGAAUGCACAUACUCUUUCAAUCAAGGGGCCAAAUUUGUGACUUUCCAAGAACUGCUCAAGAACAUCCUUUUAUUGGUUACAUUCUAUCUAGUCUUCAAUUAUCCCUCCUAACAGAGUGAUGUCUGAUGGAAGAAAGGAAUGAAAGAUGAGUUUGAAAUUUUGUUUUGUUUUCAUUCCUUUUUUGAAGGCUAGGGGAAAUAUAGCAAUUUCAAAAUUUGUGUAUGGGAAGAGGUAGUGAGCACUGAUAGGAUCAUAGUGUGGACUUUUCUUUCUUAUCAAAACUGCAUAAGUAAUGACUAAUUUUGUUGUAUGGUGUAAAUGGGUUUUAGAUACAACCACUAAAAUAAGAAUCCAAACUUGUCUUAAACACUGGAAUCAGUACUAGAAUAGGGACAACUUUGAGGACAACCCUUAUGUAAAUGUGUAUAUUCUGGUCUGUUAAUUAAAAAGAAGUCUCAUUACUUUA